UCUGACUUUUCUCACCUCUCCUUCCUCCUGAGCUCAGUGGACCUGGAGGGUCCAGAGCCUCUAGGUUUCUGUGGUUUCUUUGGGAAGGGGAGUUUCAGGUGUGUGAUGCACGCCUGCUCCAGAAUUCCUGCCCAGAGGUGGGCAGGCCUUGGGACAGGGGCAGGGCCUUACCCUGUGGCCCCUCCCUCCACCUACCCUCACUGACUUCCUGACCCUCCUGCAGCCCUAGGACCAUGGAUAGUACAACUUGUAACAGCACCCUCAUGUGGCCUGCUUCAGUCAACAACUUCUUCAUCAUCUACUCAGCCUUGUUGCUGGUGCUGGGCCUGCUGCUCAACAGCGUGGCACUCUGGGUAUUCUGCUAUCGCAUGCAACAGUGGACAGAGACCCGCAUCUAUAUGACCAACCUGGCUGUGGCCGACCUCUGCCUGCUCUGCUCCUUGCCGUUUGUGCUGUACUCCCUGAAAUACAGCUCUUCAGACACACCCAUCUGCCAGCUCUCACAGGGCAUCUACUUGGUCAACCGAUACAUGAGCAUAAGCCUGGUCACUGCCAUUGCCGUGGACCGCUAUGUGGCAGUGCGGCAUCCCCUGCGUGCCCGUGAGCUACGGUCCCCGCGACAGGCUGCAGCAGUGUGUGUGACCCUCUGGGUGAUAGUGGUCACCUCCUUGGUAGUGCGCUGGCACCUGGGGAUACAAGAGGGUGGCUUCUGCUUCAGCAGUAAAACCCGGCACAAAUUCAGCACCACCAUCUUCUCGCUGCUGGGAUUCUACCUGCCGCUGGCCAUCGUGGUCUUCUGCUCUUUGCAGGUGGUGACCGUGCUAGCGAGAAGGCCGGCCACUGAUGUGGGGCAGGCGGAGGCUACCCGAAAGGCCGCCCACAUGGUCUGGGCCAACUUGGCUGUGUUUGUCAUCUGCUUCCUGCCUCUGCACGUGGUCCUGACGGUGCAGGUCUCCCUGAGCCUCAACACCUGUGCUGCCCGAGACACCUUCGGCCGUGCCCUGUCCAUCACAGGCAAACUCUCAGACACCAACUGCUGCCUGGAUGCCAUCUGUUACUACUACAUGGCCAGAGAGUUCCAGGAAGCGUCCAAGCCGGCCACGUCCUCCAACACACCCCACAAGAGCCAAGAUUCCCAGAGCCUGAGCCUCACCUAGAAGGAGUGAACACGUGCCAAGGGCCAGAGGAACCUGUGAUGUGAGCAAGGAGCCCCCAGAUCAGCCUGAACCUGCUGUGGGGUUUGAGCACUCUAGGAGACCCAGUUGGCCUAGAGGGGCUGCAUCUGCUCCUCUGAAAGGAUCAGAGGACUCAGGCUCUAAUGUCUGACCUGAGGGACCCUGGAACAAGACCACAUACCUGCCACCCCAGAUCUAGAACUCCUGGGUACCAGAAUGGGGCCUUGAUGGCUAGCCACUGAGUUUAGGAUACAACCCUCCCCUGGAGUUGGUCCUGGCAAGGUCCUCUGUCACUAAGACGCAAGUGAUGAGAGGCAAAGAAUGGACAUAUAGCUCAGAGAGCCAGGAGACAUCUUCCCAGAGGACCCUCAAAUGGCUGCUUUCUUUUGGGACCUCUAAACUUCAUGCCACAUGUAGGGUUGGGCAAAAGGGCAGCACCUAUGGUCUGGCAGGCUGUCCUCCAAGGCCCAUGACUGUCACUGUUGCUCCAGCUCUGAAGGUUCUGAGGGUCCCAGCUCAGAAGACCCAGUGGUCAUAACAUCGUGCUAAGCAGUCUGUCCUGGGCCUCUUGCCGGCAUUUCCAUUCUGUAGUGGGACCGUUGAUCCCUGGGGACAGUGGCUAUGGCAGCGGUGGUCUGCUGGAGUUUGUUGUGAGGAAGACUGAUAUUUGGUUUGGUACCUGUGCUCUCUGAGGGUGUGGCCCCAGGCUGUGAGGGCCUCUGGAGAAAAGGAUUAGCCACAAAGCCAGCUUUGAGUCUGAUCACAUUUGGAGGUGUGGUAGCCCUGGGCUUCCCCCUCUGUGCUUUGUUUUUUGUCUUGGUCCAAAUGCUACAGCCGUACCCAGAGCCAGAGCCCCUCCAGCUCAGGGGAAGGGGGAACCGGCUCUCCCCACUCUCCACCCCUACUCCAUCCAAGGCCUACUGCCUAACUGACCCCUGUUUUUUCUACAAAAAACAAAUAUCUGUUCAUCCCCCAGACAGCAAAGAAAGGAUCCCAUUCAAGUAUAAAUUGGUGAACUGAUUUCCUGGAGUUACUUACAAAAGCACGGUGACUCCGUCACUGAGAAGCCUCACUCAGUGUAGGUGACAAUUCCCAAACUGCACCAUUAGAUUACCAGUCCCCACUAAACUUCCACCUCACACACACCUGGACACCUGCUCUGGACAAAAAUGUGGCUAGGGCGUGAGGGAGCCGUGGCUGUGUGCUGCCCCUCAUCGCCCUGCCGGGGAAUGUCAACAGCUUCCUGAUCAUCAACCUAUUUGCCACAGCAGUAUUUUGCUUCCUUCACUGGCAUGACUGUGGGCCAAGCUGUUCAGUGGAUCAGAGCAGCGCUUUUCCUGUUCCCUGCUGAUGGUCAUCUUAAACCAGAGGAGAUGGCUUCUCUGCCACACUCGCCCACUCGCCCUCAAGUUCUCACAUCCCCUCCACCCUCUCUUCUGCAGUAUUAUCUAAACCUUCACCUUGGAAGGGAUGGCGUAUCUAUAUAUCAAAAUAUAGGAUCUACACGUGUGUGUCUAUGGUUCUUUUCUGAGUCUUAUGACUCUAGACUACAACAGCAGACAUCUAUUCUAAGUAGCUUGCAUCAG